AUGGUAUUUUUAUUUAUUCUUAAAUUAAAUAAUUAUACAAAAUCAGGUGCUGAUGUCACCCCUGCAGAGGCUUUAAAAUUUGUAAAUAGCAAAAUGACAAAAUCGAAUCAAGUUAACAAAAAGCCACAUAUUAAUACUAUGAGUAAGAAGGAUGUGAAUGUAUAUGAGGUGAAAACCGGUAUUUACGCAUAUGCAUCGGGACUGGCAGUUGAUACUGAUGGAAGCGAUCCCGAUGAUGACCCCGACCAUCAGGAUGAAACCAAGUGGAAGGAUUCGGACGGAGACAGUAUUGGGGCGCAUCGUAGUAGUAAUGGAACCCCCCCAGUCGGCAACAAACGCCCAAGUCGGCAACAUAAUGCCAAAACCCCAGACUCAAAUUCCCAUUUUUUCUUUCACCUUUUUCCUUUUCCUUUUAUUCGAUAGUUAUGUUUUCUCUGCUUGUAAAAGUGGAGAAGACAUACACACCUU